AACAGACCUGAGGUAGUCAUAGCAGCUCCGUGAGGAGGAAGAGGAGGAGGCUGGGCCAGCUGUCUUUACCCUCCUCUCUUCUCCCGCUCAUUCUCUGUCCACCCGUUUAGUUUUAUCGACACGUUCUUCAGUUCACCUGCAGGAUUCAACAUGUGAACAGAGGGAUUAUGGACACAUGCUAAUUUGAUCUUCCUGGUCUAAAAGGCAUUUCUACACUUGGAUAAGCUGCAAGAAUUCAACCAAGCCAAUGGAAAACAAGGAGGAGGACGUUUCACCCACUGGAUUUCAGACACUCUUUAUCAGAGAGGACAAAGGGGAUUCAGAUGAGAUUAACGUGGAACAAAAAGAGAGGAAAGAACCCCCAUCAGGCCUCCCAGAAAGGCAGUUAAAACAAUCAUCGUUGGUGAAUCCGUACCUGCAGGAGAUGGAUGACUUGCUAAGAAGCUGUGAGGAGCUUACAGAUGUUCCCUUUGGCUCGUGUCACUCAGCAGGUUACAGAGAAACACGUCUGAGCAGCAGUCAGGUCGGAGAGGAGGUUAGGAUGAAACGUUAUCAAGAAACCUGCACAGCUCCCCAUGCCUACCUGUCCACCAGCUACAUAGACACAAACAUGGAGGAUGCAGAAAGAGAGAUGGCCCCAGGCCAAGGUUUUGGUGAACUUAUGGACAAGUGUCAGGUUUACCAGCAAACAGAGAUGCCUCUUUCCUCAGCUGGUACCAAACUCAGCGCCACCAUGGUGGAGUACGAGGGCCAGCUGUUGGGGAUGUUGGCUAUGCAUGAAAGCUGCAUGGAAGAAGCUGGCAUGGACUUUGAGCUUCAAGAUCUGGCAGCAGAUUUAGGCCAAGAGUACGUACACAUCAGUAAGAGCCCACACCGCUAUCAAGGUACCACACUGGUGCCAGUUAAGCAAGAGAGCCUGCCAGAGCUGGAGAGCCUUCAGGUUCAGUCAAAACUCUGCGUGGAUGGAAGUAAAGCUCAAGAGAAUGAAGGAACUCAGAAGAGACCCCACACAGAUCCAGGAGACAUGUUCAAGGAGAGGACAGGAAUGAACGGAGAUGGAACAGAGUUAGACGUGGAUGAAGAGAUACCUGAGCUCUGGGCUGACCUCAAAACAUUAGGAGCUCUGGGGUCUCAGAUGGAGGACUGCAUAGAGGAGGUCCAACUGCUACAGAGAAGAAGGAAGGACCUUCUGGUGGAGGUUCUACAGCUGAGAGGCCAUAAAGAACAAGAAGACGAAAAGGGAAGAAGCCAGGAUAUAGAAGACACUGAACAGUGGAUUGACAGCAAAAUUACAGAGCUGAUGAAUGUUUUCAAGAAAGAGGAGGAGGUGAGACGGGAGGAGAGGAAGAGGGAGGUGUACAGUCUCAGAGAAGAGCGGGCAGAGGAGGAGAGGAAGCUCUGGAAGGCAAACCUGGAGAGACAGGGUGUUCAAGAGGAGCUCAGGAGGCUGAAGAGGAGGCUGUUUGCUGUAGCUAGAGAUGGUGGUUUCAGUCAAGCAGCUGGGAACCAUCAUCGCCGUGAGGUGGAGCUUCUGAAGAGAGAGGAGGAAAAACUCAAUUCCCUGGUGCUCCAGCUGACAGAAGAGAGCCUCCAGCUGCGGUCAGCCCAUGGAAAACAGCUUUUAGAUGCACGGGCAAAGCUUCACGCUACAACCUCCAGCCAGACCUCCAACACCCAGGAGGAGCUGAUGGAGUGCAGGAGGAAUUCCUGUGGGGACAUCCAGCAGUAUCUGCAGAGUGAACUCAAGUCACUGGAGGACAGGUAUGAGCCCAUGUUGCUGGUGCUGUUAAAGAGGAGGGAGACCACCGCUGCUGCACUGGUGAAAGCUAGAGAACAGGGUCAGGAGCUGAGAGGCCAGCUGGGACCCCUCAGGGAGCAGAUCCAGAAACUCAAACUAGAGAAGGUUUGUUGUGAGGAGAAAAUCAAACUGGCCACGGUGCGGAGGUGGGAGGAUGUGGGCCGCUACAAGGAAGCUGUGUUUUCUCUGGAAGAGCAAAGCAGAGAGCUGAAGGCUGAGCUGAAUAUUCAGAGGAGAAAAACAAAAGAAAUGGAGAUGAUGAGGGAGAACCUUACAAAGCAACUCCUUCUUCACCGGGCAGCAACUAAGAGCCAUAACAUAAUCGAUCAGGAGGAGAAAACAUGAACGUUAUUGUUUUGUUUUGCUAAAACAGAAGGUGAAUUCCAAUUGUCUGAUGAACGCACUUUACCAAUGUAAACGUAGAGCAACACUGUAGAAAUGUUUUUGUUAUGAAUAAAGACAGACUGUUUCUUCUAUUGUGA